GUGCCGUUGAGACAACGCACCCACUUUGCAAUAUAAUAUUAUGUGCAUUCCAUGUUUCACGUGCUAUGCGUAAGAAGACAAAAAUUAAACUUGUUAGGCAGUAUGUAUCGCGUAUGAUUCGCGAGGAAUCAAUUCAUGGAUUCUACACAUACCUCGGUCUCAUACGGCAUCUGGAUCCCCGUUUUGCGACGUAUAUACACAGACGCUGGCUGCCUUUGAAGAAACUAUGGGCAGCAUCAUUCAACCGUAAUAUUUUGUCACUUGGCAAUAACACAAACAAUCGCGUUGAAAGUUUGCACAGACUGAUGAAAAGGAAUUUGUCAAGAGCUGUUACUCUACACAAGUGUAUGUGGGAGGUAUACCGGUGGAGUGACAGGAGACUGAGGAGAAUUGAUGGCGAGCGAGAUGUGAAGAUUAGAGUGGUGGACAACAGGAUACGUGGUUUGCAGGCCUUACUGUCAAAAUUAACAGAGUAUGCUGGAAGAAAGGUUGUUGCAGAUUUUAAAACAGUAAGAAGGGCCCGCAUUGACAACCGUAUUUCUCAAAACGUAUUUUUCGUCGACGGAUUCACACAUCCAGUAGUUGAUAUGGCAAGAGGCACUUGUACUUGCCGGGUGUUCACCACCUGUAGGUAUCCAUGUCGUCAUAUGGUAAUUGCUCAUCUCACUUAUCCACAUUUUGAAAGUAAGUCUGACGUACAAUUACCUGACAUUACAGUUGAUCGUGUUCUGUAAUCUACAGCUGAUUUUUAUGUUGACGCCGUAUACAUAA